CGCCGCUCUCUACAUCGCACCACUGCGGUAGGAGCGGGGAGGCAGCAGCACAGGGGGACCCGGCGGACACCCUCCACUUGUUCCUGCACGAAAACAAAUCCAGGUGGUCUCUCUGCCGACUUUAUCACAGAGGAGGACUUUACCUGAGAUGACAUAGCGAGCAACAGCUCCCAGGGCAAACCCACAGCCCAGCGAGAGCGAAGGAGGGAGAACUUUUGGCUGUUGCUGUUGUAUUUACCACACCUGCGUAACCUUGGAAGUCAGACCUGUUUAUUGCGAGAGGAUGGGACCGCUUCUCCUCUCCAUCGCCCUGUGUUUGGGCACCGCUGUCCCGCAGCAUGUGAACGCAGCAGAUGGUGAGGAACCAACUUCAGCAGGCCCUUGCCAUCCAAACCCGUGCCACAACAGAGGAACAUGUGAGAUCAGUGAGACCUACAGGGGGGACACUUUCAUUGGUUAUUUCUGCAAGUGUCCACCAGGCUUCAGUGGAGUGCAUUGCCAACACAAUAUUAACGAAUGCGAAAGGGAACCAUGCAAGAAUGGGGGAAUUUGCACAGAUCGGGUUGCCAACUAUUCCUGCGACUGCCCAGGGGAGUACAUGGGCAGGAACUGUCAAUACAGAUGCUCUGGACCUCUCGGUAUGGAGGGCGGUAUAAUCUCCAACCAACAGAUAACAGCCUCUUCCACCCACCGCGCUCUCUUCGGCUUGCAGAAGUGGUACCCGUACUUUUCUCGCCUCAACAAGAAAGGACUGGUGAAUGCCUGGACGGCUGCCGAAAAUGACAGAUGGCCAUGGAUCCAGAUAAACCUGCAGAGGAGAAUGAGGGUCACAGGCCUUAUUACCCAGGGUGCAAAGCGUAUCGGAAGCGCAGAGUACGUCAAGUCUUACAAAGUAGCCUACAGUGAUGACGGGAAGAGCUGGAGAACAUACAAAGUCAAGGGCAAAAAUGAUGAUAUGAUUUUCAGAGGAAAUGUCGAUAACACCGCUCCAUCAGCCAACUCCUUCACCCCUCCCAUUGAAGCCCAGUACGUGCGCAUUUACCCCCAAGUCUGCAGGAGGCACUGCACCCUUCGCAUGGAGCUGCUGGGUUGUGAGCUAACAGGCUGCUCUGAACCACUUGGUCUGAAGUCAGGUCAUGUCCAGGACUACCAAGUCACGGCCUCCAGCAUCUUCAGGACGCUCAACAUGGACAUGUUCACCUGGGAGCCUGGCAAGGCCCGGUUGGACAAACAGGGCAAGGUCAAUGCUUGGACGGCUGGACACAGCGACCAGUCACAGUGGCUACAGGUGGAUUUGCUUCUGCUUACCAAGGUCACAGGUGUCAUCACCCAGGGAGCUAAAGACUUCGGCCACGUCCAGUUUGUUGGCUCUUACAAACUGGCGUACAGCAAUGACGGAGAACGGUGGAAAAUAUAUCAAGAUGAGAAACAGGGGAAGGACAAGGUAUUCCAAGGUAACUUUGACAACGACACGCACCGAAAGAACGUGUUGGAUCCCCCCAUCUACGCUCGGCUCCUCCGGAUCCUUCCCUGGUCAUGGUACGGCAGGAUCACUUUGCGUGCAGAAGUACUGGGAUGCACAGAGGAAGAGUGAAGUCCUGUCUUCCAUCUUUCUUGCCAUUUCCCCCCCUAUCCCGUGGCAUACUGGGAUAUCUCUCCCAGUAUUUCAAAAAUAAACUGUGCAACCUGUAAAAAGAAAUCAAUUUCCAAUGGAUUUUUCAAGAAUACGUGUUUGGUUGUGGUGGGUUGCUGUUUGUUCCUUUUGUACAAUGAUUUAAAACCUGCCCUUAACCCACUCUUGUCUUUUAGUUUCCUCUUUAAAGCGUGAUCUUUGUCUUUUUAUUCUCCUCAAGAUUUACCAUCCUGUUUGGAAUGAACUUCUGUAAUAUAUGUGGGGGUGGGGUGGGGUUGGAGUCGGGGGUUCUUGCUGUGGUUUCAUCCUGUUGCCAUGGAAGCUAUUAGUACAGUGUCACUUUUUAACAAACAUGUGAAAUCUGUCUGUUGUGCUUCAUUGAACAUUAUUUACCAACUUCAUACCAUUACUAAACUUUCUAAAAUACCAUGUAGAGAUCACACCGUACCGCAUUAUCAAAUAUAUUUUUACUUUGAUUACGACACUUUCCUCAAGCCAUGCUUUAACCCUAAUGAACACUGACAUUACUACAUCAAUCAAAACACUAUUAAUGCUCUUGUAUUAUAUGUAAAAGUCAAAAAAUUGCAUGGUGCGUAAAUUAUAAAUGUAUAUUAUGACAAAUCAUUUUAAACCUCUAGCCCGGGGAACAAUGGCUUUGAUUUAGGGACCUAUUUGUAUGUGCAUUUUUCAAUAGUUCUGAAACAUUACAACACACUGCAAAAGCUUACUGAAGAUACCCGAGUGAGACAACAAAAGGCCCUGCAGUUUAACGUUUACUGCAACACACUGAGGCUAUCUCCAGUUGACUUGUCUUACCGCUCUCAUAAAGAGCUCCAUUUUUUAUUUGUGUGAUUAACGCUCGAUUUUUCUAAGAUAAUUGGAUUUCUUUUUUCGCUUGUUCUUUUUUGUAUUUAUUUUUGAUUUAUUUGUAUCAGCUGUCAGAUGCAUAAGAUCUGUGUUAAAUGUCUUCGUGUUGUCUUGGAGAUCUAACUUGUAUCAAUUACAAAGCUCAGGAUAGAUGUAAUAUUAACCCACACAUUUAUCAUUUUUGGCCACCUAUUUAAAUAUGUCUGUAUUAUUAUUUUUUAAAAAACGUCAAAUGAGUGAGAGCCGUUAUUUAAACCAUCUCCUUAAAUGCAUAAUUGAAAUAUUGAAAGCAGUUAUUUUCUUUAUUAACCCCUUUGGUACGAUACAUAAUAAUUGUUAAUUAAAUGUACCUUUUUGUUUUUCAAAAAAGAGCAAAUGUUCAAGAUUAAUAAUAUAUGAAAAAAUGCUAUCUCAACCUACAACAAUGAUGAACCGUAGUAACAGUACAGAGCUCUAAAGUAAAUAUUGACAGCCUCUUUAUUUCAGGGGAUCUGAUUUUUAGUCUCAUACGUGUAUUACAGAUGAUAUAGUAAUGAAAUAUAAUGUGAAAUGAAAUUAAUUUUAGAGCUUGUGGGUAUUUGCACAUGACGUGACAACAACUCUGCAUGUUUAAAUGGUUUCAUGGAAAAUACGUUUCUGGGGAUAAAGAUGCCGCCAUACCAUCGCAUCAAAAUAUCCUAGUUGUGCAGUUUCCAGUGUGUGGAUUCUGCUGUUGGCUGCAGUAAAUGAACAAUGAUGCUUGACUAGUUUAAUAAAUGGAAGCAAACAACUACCUGAGGCAUAGCAGCGGUGUCACAGCCCUUUUCCACAUGGUUUAAAAAUAGGCCUGGAUUACUCUAGUGGUUCCCACUCAACUAGUUUACUCAAAGUGUCGAGUGCUAGAACAACAGCUGAAGGGGGGUGCUUUUAUGCUUUCAGACACUUAACUAUCCAAUCAUUCCAUAUUGUAGAAGUACCAUGUAUUUGUUCCAAGAUUGCAGCCCAUCCUGAAAGAAACACUAAGAAAAAACAUAUUUAAUUUGAUGCACCAAAGUAAUUUUGGCUGAGUGCCAUUGUUCUUUUCAUCACUUUAUAUUAAAAUCAAACACUUUUAAACUUAAUUCUAAAAGCACAGCAAAGAACACACCAAGAAAAUGUGUCACCAUCACAACAUUUUGUUGCUAACUUUGUAUUGUUGCGUGCUAGGGCAUUUAGCGCUGUCAUGCCAUCAACAUGAUACUCUUUGUAGGCAGGAAACCUUAAAAACAUAACAAAAGCAUAUUUUGAUUGUUAUCUGGCUGAUUGAAACAGAGUAUAGCUUUUAUUCUGGUUUAGCAAAGAACAAUGGGAUAUCUUUGGAAAAGUUCACUCAUGUUGCAUUGCCAAACUUCAACUGUACAAUGUAAAUUACACUGAAAGACCUUGCUGUAAUUACCAAUAUGUGAAAAUUGUAAUUGGUGUGAAUCAGUGAUUGUCAUUUCUUAGGUUCAUGGACAAAGGAUACGCAUAAACACAUUAUUUUGUGCACUCUUGAAUUGUUUAUUGCUAAAUAACUAGAUCUUGGCCAGCAUCUGCUCUGAUUGAUCUUUGUAGCCAGCUUCCUGUCAGCAGGUCUGCUACAAAGCUUUGAGGAAGUUUGCAUGAUGUAUGAGUUUGAACAGUAUAACAAAGACGUCCCAAGGCGCAUUAUGUUCUUGCAUAUCAUAAAGAUCUAAUAGCCUUUACUUUGUACUAGCCAUUAAUUGUCUUGUGCAUUGUAAAACUUUAUCUCCCAAGUUCAAAAAGGGGAGCAGAGUGGAAACUCAUCCUGUUGUUGUAUUUCUGUGUCCGCUGUUCACAGAAUAUUUCUUACCUCCUCAGUCUGAGUGUCAAUCAUGAUCUAGAAAACAUACGUAUUAUAAUGCUGGUUAAGUUCAAGCCUGAAGAGGAGAGUGAUAAACUGUGUACAGUCAAAAAAUGUGUUGCUUCAAACAAAAGCUCUUUCAGUUUGACAAAUAAAAACAUAUCUGUGAAAA